UACAAAGUUUUGUAUAUGGCAUGUUCCAGUGAGCGCAGAGGGUCACGGAAGAGAGCCAUGGCAAGUGUACUACUUCCGUCAUCUCAGCCCCUGCGGAUACAGAGAAAUGACAGCGACUCUCCGCCCGUACCUGAACGCUGUGCGUGCCACCCUGCAGGCCGCCCUCUGUCUGGAGAACUUCUCCUCCCAGGUGGUGGAGCGCCACAACAAGCCAGAGGUGGAGGUCCGGAGCAGUAAAGAGUUGCUGCUGCAGCCGGUCAUCAUCAGUCGUAAUGACAAGGAGAAGGUUCUGAUCGAGGGCUCCAUCAACUCCGUCCGAGUCAGCAUCGCCGUCAAGCAGGCAGAUGAGAUUGAGAAGAUCCUGUGCCAUAAGUUCAUGCGCUUCAUGAUGAUGAGAGCAGAGAACUUCUUCAUCCUGAGACGGAAACCAGUGGAGGGCUAUGACAUCAGUUUCCUCAUCACCAACUUCCACACAGAGCAGAUGUACAAGCACAAGCUGGUGGACUUUGUCAUCCACUUCAUGGAGGAGAUUGACAAGGAGAUCAGCGAGAUGAAGCUGUCUGUCAACGCCAGGGCCCGUAUUGUUGCAGAGGAGUUCCUCAAAAAUUUCUAAGAAAAUUCCCAACCAUUCCUUAUGCUGAUCACGUCCGUCACCAUGGUUUCUUGGAGGGUGUGCAUUACAGGACUGAGAGGAGGGGCUGAAGUGUGACCAGGCAAUCGCAAUGGAAAACAGUAAAGACACAUCAGACUAGUGGGGUGUGGCCCUUCAUCAAUGAGGUAUCCCUGUGCUCAGAAAUAUUGAUGUUUGUACAUAGUGAAUAUUCACAGCCUCGUUUCAUUUCUGCCUUCAGAACAAAGUGUUAAAUCAGGGCGGGUCCUUAAAAUGAAACCCUAAUCAAUAUUGAUGAGCACAGGGAAACUAAUAGAUUUCUGAUAACUUAAACGGUUUGUUUUUAUAUAAAUAUUAUAUGCACAUUUCUUUUUUGCUAAGUUUUUGUUACGACAUACCUUUGACCCUGAGGAAAAUAAUUGGUGCACAUGUACACAGAGCAGACCCUAUCAUUGAUGGAAAUGAUUGUGAUAAGUGCUAGCAGUAAUAAUAAAUCCCUUUAUCCUU